UGUCUUCCCUCUGGUCUCUCCCUACCUUUCUCUGUCUCUCUCUCUUUCUCUGUCUCUCUCGCUUGUUUCGUGUUUUAAGUUAGGGUUUUCUUGAUCUCGUUUAGUGGCUUUAGGAAUCUCCAUUUCUCCUCACCAGAUCAAGUUUCUCUGAUUUGGGACGGGGCUGGAUAGCUCGAGCCAGACAGAAAAUAUUAUUUGAAGUAUUGAUUUGGCGUGUUAGCUUGGAAUUGGCUAAUGUCUGUCUUCAUACAUUGGCUUUGUCAUCAUCACUGGAGUGCAUAGUGAUGGUUAAUUGCUCUGAGUGAACUGCUGGUUUGGUUUUUAACAAGCUAAUUCCAGUAUUAUUUUUGGAACUGCCAAUAAAAAUUAAUCCUCGGAAGGAAGUGAAUACACGACCAGAGGAGGAUUCCUUGUAUCCAUGCUGGUAGAGAGCAUGCGUGGAAUUCGUGCUUCGGGUAAUGCCCCUGACGAGUGCUGCUGCCGAUGCAUUCGGUGUGGUGACAAUUUGUCUAGUCACUAUUUUGAUUCUAUUUGGUUUGUUGUGCAUUGCCUACUCAUUUUACUUGCACUCUCGUGUUCGUAGUCAAGGCUAUUUUCAACUCGGUUAUUUUAGUGGUCCCUGGAUCAUCCGAAUCAUAUUUAUUUUGUUUGUAAUCUGGUGGGGUGUUGGUGAAAUUAUCCGGUUAAGUUUGUUGAGACGGAAGGGAAGAGUGUUGAAUGCCCUUGACUACAAAUGGCAGGAAACUGUCUGCAAAGGCUACAUUGUCUCGAAUUUGGGUUUUGCAGAGCCUUGUUUAUUACUCACCCUCAUGUUUCUCCUCCGGGCUCCCUUACAGAAGAUGGAAUCAGGAAUUCUUUGUCGCAAGUGGAAUGGAAGAACUGCUGUGUAUGUUGUUCUCUAUUGCCUUCCAAUGUUUGUCCUUCAGUUGCUUGCUAUACUAAUCGGACCGCAACUACGCAAGGAUAAGAGUAUAUCGAAAAGGUUUCCUCAUUAUUUUACCUCUGCUGCUCAUGGGAUGCAAAAUGCUGCCGCCUCUAAUAUUGCGCUUUGCACUUACCCUUUAUUGAAUACAAUGCUUCUUGGUUUUUUUGCUUCUGCACUGACUGUCUACCUGUUUUGGCUUGGAAGGCGGAUUUUGAAAUUGGUCAUCAAUAAGGGUUUGCAGAAGAGAGUGUACACAUUAAUAUUCUCAGUUUCAAGUUUCCUUCCAUUGAGGAUUCUCUUACUUGGACUAUCUGUUUUAUCUAAGCCAGAGCAUUUUCUAUUUGAAGCUAUUGCUUUCUCAUCGUUUCUUGCCCUCUCAUGCUGUGCUGGGGUGUGUAUUUGCAUGCUUGUUUACUAUCCCGUUGCUGAUUCUUUAGCACUGGGGAAUCUUCGGGACCUGGAGGUAAGUAGAAGAUAUGCUGAUGAGCACAAUGAAACCAUUUCCCUUGAUGCAAACCAAAGCCAUCUAGAAGAAAGUGCUCAUUUAAGCCCAGGCAGAAACUCUGACGCCUCAGCUAAGCGAGGAUCAAUCUCUUUCAGGGCUUGCCAAAGAGAUGAGACUCCUUCAGGGCCAUUUGUGGAGCUGAGCCUUUUUUCUCCUGGUCGAGAUGCAACUCCACCAGGUUCGCCUCCGCUGCUAGGCUGGCCUAUGCGCCCACUUGUGGAUCCGAAGACUGGGCAAGGAACCGAGUUCUCUUGGUGAAUAUCAAUUUUGUGAUAAAGAAAAAACUGAUUGUAAAGGGUUAGUUCCAAUAAGGAUUUUUAUUCUUGGUUUGUUGUCUAUUUUUUAGAUUUUGCUGGUUUUUGAUUCCAUGAUCUGCUGCUUCCUUUUCUUCUCCCUUUCUGUAACAUUCUUAAUCCUGAUUUCUAUUUGCCCCUUCUUCCGAGCCUCUUGAAUGAAAGCAAGGUGCUUGCUUUUCCUAUUGCUC